UAUCCGAGGAGCAGCAGGCACCGAGCAAAAGAGAGGGAGGUGAAAAAGAGGAUACCAGGGAAAGAGAAAGAGACAGAAAGAGAGAGAGGGGGAGAUAGGGACAACACCUCAUCAAGAAAAAAAGGACAGAGAGACGAGUUGUAAACUAUACACAAUACUGCAUAAACAUGACCUUGGCAGCAUAUCGAGACAAGAUGAAGGAGCUCCCUCUAGUGUCACUUUUGUGCUCCUGCCUCAACUCAAACCCUGCAGAAAAUCCCACAUACAAGGCUGAGGAUGCAGUGGAUCUCAACUGGUGUGUGAUCAAAGAUAUGGAGGUCAUCGAGCUGAACAAGCGGGCCUCGGGUCAAGCAUUUGAGGUGAUCCUGAAACCCCCCUCUUUUGAAGGCGUGCCUGAGCUUAACACAUCAAUGCCCCAGCGUAAGGACCCUUCUCUGGAGGAGAUCCAGAAGAAACUGGAAGCCGCUGAGGAGAGGCGGAAGUUUCAGGAGGCUGAGAUGUUAAAGCAUCUUGCAGAGAAGAGGGAGCAUGAGAGAGAGGUCAUCCAGAAGGCCUUUGAGGAGAACAACAACUUCAUUAAGAAUGCUAAAGAAAAGUUGGAGCAGAAGAUGGAGGCCAACAAAGAGAACCGCGAGGCUUUGCUUGCCGCCAUGCUGGAGAGACUACAGGAAAAGGACAAACACGCAGAGGAGGUGAGGAAGAACAAAGAGCUGAAAGAGGAGGCCUGCCGGUAGAAGACUGCUUUGACUAUAGCCAAGGGAGAUCAAACCAGUGAAGAGAAAAUAUAGCAAACGCUAGCCAACACAUCUAAAAAAAAGGGGACACAUUGGACAUUGAUAAUGACAAUUUGCAUCACACCAAGCUUUUGUGGGGUUUGACAACAACAAAAUGACUUAAUAUUAUUAAAAACAGAAAGAUAUUGUCUAAAUGACAAUGCAAGGUGCACAGACAGAAGGCUGCUUAAGAGAAAAAGAAUGAAAACACCAAACCAGUCUUUAGAAAUGACACGAAGAGGACAAGAAGAAAAAUUGAUGAAGAGAUGCUUUUUAUUACCUCCAUAACCAGUACAGAUAAAUAUGUUAACAUAAACUACAUCUUAAAGUCACUCUUCACUAAUGGCAGUAUCAUAAAUGCAUCUUUUUCCGAAUCAUGUGCCAUCUACUGAGGCUUUGGCCUCAUGCAUCUUUAAAAACCGUUUGAUAUUAAUAUUCAGUAAUAGGGUUUCAUACAACCUAAGGCAUGCCUAUACAAUAUACAUUAUUAAGCAUCAGUAAUCAGGUGACUAGAGGUUUAUCUAUCACAUUAUCUAUCACAUUUCCUGUUGUGACCAAGUGAGGUAAAAUAUGAUUAAAAAAUUAAUAUUAGAUUAGAACAUUCUAGGUGCCUUUAAAUCCAAAAGCUAAUAAAACUCUCAGAUACAUUAAAAGUGGAGCACAGUGACACUUUACGCACAACUUAGAAGCACAUUUAGCUUAUUUCAGUCAUUAAAUUUUUUUAUUAUGAUGCUCAUCAGUAGGAAACCACACAAUGGCAUCUCAGAGAUGAAGAAUGAUAUCACUGAAGUGUGAGAAAAAGAUCCUCUUUGGAUUUGGGAAAUGGUUUUAGAAAUGAAUGGUGCACUUUGCUUUGGCAUGUCACUGAGCUUUAUUCUAGUCAUUUAUUUUACUCGUUCUAUAUACAAAGACAAAGGAGUUUGAUGUUGGUGCCUGCAGCAUCGAAAAAGAGCCGUUGUAUUUGCAAUGAUGAGAAUUGUUCUUAAUCGACCAGAUUUGGUGAGAAAAUGGAAUGUAAAUGCUCCCUGUUUGUAAUUUCAAGAUGAGUCAAAUAAAUGCUUCUCUUAACUAAA